UUCUAACCAAGUUUGAUUCCCUACAGGUCCAAUGGCAACCCCACCAACGCCGGCUAGGCUGGCCAAACUCACACGGACAGCAUGCAAGAUAUUCAGCACUGUAUACAACCCAACCGCGGCUCGCUCCGGCAACAAAAUCUUGCGCGAAAGAUUAGUUGGACCCACUGUGUCCAGCUACUAUCCACAACCCCUUGUACACUUCCGUGACAUCAAGGCAGCAUUUCCACAACUCAAUCUCAUCGACACUGACGAAAAGGAACGAUUGGAUGAAAUUGCCCGAAGAAAGCGUCGAGGAAAGGGUGCUCCAAAGAAAGGUAUUGUAACAUACGCGAUAUAAUCUCAAUAUUACGAAGUAGUUCGUUAGCGCUUACUAAAGUUUUUUCUAUGAUUAGGACAAGGCAAGAGAGCUUCGAUCAAGAAGAAAUAAAAACAACAAUGUAUAGACUGUAGAUUUUUCAUUUACCAAUUAUAAAGAACAAGCAAAAUUUUUCAUGAGAAUA